AUGCGUGUGGUGGGACGCCCUCUCAUCUACAGUAUAGGUAUCAUCUGUAACUUUCUGGCCAUUGCUGUCUUCUCACAAAGAGCUUUCCGUAGGACCUCAAGUUGUAUGAUCUUGACAGCAGUAGCUGUGGCAGACAUCUUCAUUUUAACCCAUGGCUAUUUCUACUGGGCAGAAUAUGACCUGCUCACACCCACUCUGAGCCAUGAUGAGUUCACAUGUAAAGCUGUCACCUUCAUAGAAUACUUUGGACCAGAGCUGAGUGUAUUUCUGCUGCUCCUCCUAGGAGCUGAGAGAGUCUUGAAGGCAGGUCACAGAGACCUCCAUGAGAAGUACUUCACCCCAUGUAGGACUGCUGUGGCUAUAGUUGUAUUGGUUGUGGUGUUGGUACUUCUGAACAUCCCCGUGUUGACAGCACAUAUCUACCUGGAGGAUCCCUGCCUGGGGAUGGUUUGCUGGAACAUACUGGAACACAAUGGGGAGGAGGCCCUCAACUCCACCGAUAAGAACUACUUCCUGUUCUACAGAUACCUGGUGCUCACCCUCUACGGCCUCCUCCCAUAUGUGGGUCUGCCGCUGCUCAAUGGAUGGCUGUACUGGAUCACACGUAAGCAGUACCGUAGCAUCAAUGACGACAAAUUUGAGAGAAUUCCAGACCCAGACCACCCUCACUAUGAGGACGAAGAGCUGCUGGUACACACACAGAAGUUGGAGCAUGAUAAGCGUGAACUGACACGGCUGGUAAUCCUGGUCACUGCAUCAUUUUGCCUCCUUACAAUGGGCUACAACAUCAUCCAAGGACACCUGUAUAAGAUCCACAAUGCAAAGACUGAGCAUAAACAGGCAGUCAAUGCCAUGAUCUACUCUGUGUUUGUACUGUUGUUUUAUCUCAAUCACGCCUCCAAUUUCUUCCUCUACUGCCUCAGUUGUAAGGUGUACAGAGAAGAGCUGAAGGACAUGAUAAUGAGGAAGACAAGGAAAACCAAGGCAAUCCUCACUAAUACCCUCCUCCAUGCCACUAAUAAUGACAGACGUCUAUAG